AUGCUGGAGAUCCAGCUGGACGAUGGCGGCGUGGGGGGCUACCCGGGCGACGACUACUGCUCGGGCUCGGUGAUGUCGGAGCGGGUGUCGGGCCUGGCCAGCAGCAUCUACCGCGAGUUCGAGCGCCUGAUCCACUGCUACGACGAGGAGGUGGUCAAGGAGCUGAUGCCGCUGGUGGUGACCGUGCUGGAGAACCUCGACUCGGUGCUGACCGACAACCAGGAGCACGAGGUGGAGCUGGAGCUGCUGCGGGAGGACAACGAGCAGCUGCUCACCCAGUACGAGCGCGAGAAGGCGCUGCGCAAGCAGGCCGAGGAGAAAUUCAUUGAAUUUGAAGAUGCGCUGGAACAGGAGAAGAAAGAAUUACAGAUCCAGGUUGAGCACCUUGAAUUUCAAACACGGCAGCUGGAGCUGAAGGCCAAAAACUAUGCUGACCAGCUUUCUCGGUUGGAGGAGCGUGAAUCAGAAAUGAAGAAAGAGUACAAUGCCCUUCAUCAACGCCACACCGAGAUGAUCCAAACCUACGUGGAACACAUUGAGCGCUCCAAGAUGCAGCAGGUUGCUGGCAAUAGUCAAAAUGACAGUGGCUUACCCGGGAGGAGUCACCGCCAGCCAUGGAGGAAAAGCAGGAAGGACCGUCCUAAUUCUUUGAGCGUCUUCCCCAUCGCUGAUGGCAUGGUACGUGGGCAGGUGGGGGCCAAGAUCGCCCCCGCAGUGGACCACUGGCACCUGAGUGACCUCGGCCAGCUGCAGUCCAACUCCAGCUACAAGUGCCCACAUGAUGAAAUGUCCGAAUCUGGACAGUCCUCUGCUGCGGCAACGCCAAGCACCACUGGAACAAAAUCCAACACCCCCACCUCAUCCGUGCCCUCUGCCGCCGUCACCCCACUGAACGAGAGCCUUCAGCCCAUGAACGAUUACAACAUCACAUCCAAGAAUAACAAGCGAGCUCGGGAGAAGCGCAACAGCCGUAAUAUGGAAGUCCAAGUCACCCAAGAGAUGAGGAACGUGAGCAUCGGAAUGGGAAGCAGCGACGAGGGGUCAGAUUUUCAGGACAUUGACUCGACUCCAGAGUUGGACAUAGGCCAGGAUCCUAGGCUGGAGCGCACUGGAAACAGCCCGACGCAGGGGAUCGUGAACAAAGCCUUCGGCAUCAACACGGACUCACUGUAUACCGAACUUACUGAGGUGGGCUCAGAGGCCAUCGGGGAUGUGGAUGAAGGAGCAGACCUGCUAGGGGAGUUUUCAGUACGGGAUGAUUUCUUUGGAAUGGGAAAAGAAGUGGGGAAUCUAUUGAUGGAGAACAGACAGCUCCUGGAAACGAAAAACGCACUGAACAUCGUGAAGAAUGAUCUGAUUGCAAAGGUCGAUCAGCUCACCGGGGAGCAGGAAGUGCUGAAAGGCGAACUCGAAGCAGCAAAGCAGGCAAAAGCCAAGAUGGAGGCCAGAAUCAAGGAACUCGAGGAGGAGCUGAAAAGAGUGAAAUCAGAAGUGAUUGUUGCCCGGCGAGAGCCCAAAGAAGAGGUGGAGGAUGUAAGCAGCUAUCUCUGUACAGAAUUGCCGUCCUCCUCACCCCUGCAGGACAACAUCCCCAUAGCUCAGCGACGCCGGUUCACCCGUGUGGAGAUGGCCCGCGUCUUGAUGGAGCGCAACCAGUACAAGGAAAGGUUGAUGGAGCUGCAGGAAGCUGUCAGGUGGACGGAGAUGAUCAGAGCCUCCCGGGAGCAUCCUUCUGUGCAGGAGAAGAAGAAAUCAACCAUCUGGCAAUUCUUCAGCCGCCUGUUCAGCUCCUCCUCCAGCCCCCCGCCUGCAAAGAGGAGUUACCCGUCGGUGAACAUUCACUACAAAUCUCCCACGGCUGCUGGGUUCAGCCAGCGGCGUAGCCACACGAUGUGCCAGAUCUCUGCCGGGAGCCGCACUCUCGAAUUCUUCCCAGAAGAUGACUGUACGUCAACCGCCCGUCGUGAGCAGAAGCGGGAGCAGUACCGCCAGGUCCGGGAGCACGUGAGGAAUGACGAUGGUCGGUUACAGGCUUGUGGGUGGAGCUUGCCUGCCAAAUACAAGCAGCUGAGUCCCAAUGGUGGCCAGGAAGACAAUCGGAUGAAGAAUGUCCCAGUACCUGUAUACUGCCGUCCUCUAGUGGAGAAGGACCCAACCAUGAAGCUGUGGUGCGCAGCUGGCGUCAACUUGACGGGUUGGAAGCCUGUGGAACCGGAUACUGGAAAUGGACAGAAGCCAGAUCCAGGAUGCGACCCACUAACUUGUGACCGAGAAGUGGAAGGAGAGAGCAGCAAGAGUAACCACACCUCUCCAGAAAAGAAAAAGGCCAAAGAGCUGCAUGAAAUGGAUGCCACAUCCAGUAGAGUGUGGAUACUCACAAGCACCUUGUCAACGAGCAAAGUGGUGAUCAUUGAUGCCAACCAACCGGGCACGGUGGUGGAUCAGUUCACCGUCUGCAAUGCCCACGUCCUUUGCAUCUCCAGCAUCCCAGCGGCUUGUGACAGCGACUACCCCCCGGGAGAGAUAUUUCUGGAAGGGGACCUGAAUCCAGAAGAAUCAUCAGGGACGGAUGGUGUCUUGGCAGGCAUCACGCUGGUGGGCUGUGCAACCCGUUGCAAUGUGCCCAGCAGUAAUUGUUCCUCCCGCGGAGACACCCCAGUGCUGGAUAAAGGACAGAGUGAGGUGCCUGCAGUAAGCAACGGAAAGAUCAAUCAGUCCCAGUCCACUGAAGAAGCAACAGAAGCGACGGAGGUGCCAGAGAAUGGUGUGAAUGAAAUGGAGCCGGCUCAGGUCCGGCCUGGCCCUCUUACAGAACACGUCUUUACAGAUCCAACCCCCGCUCAGGCACCUGUAAGACAGAACAGUGAGAACGGGCAGGCAAAGACAGAGUCCAGUGCAACGCUGCAGGACCAAGAGACCAAUGGUAAUGCAGCUGGGGUGACCACAAGUGCAGCCCCAACCAUGUGGCUGGGAGCACAGAAUGGCUGGUUGUAUGUGCACUCGGCAGUCUCAAACUGGAAGAAAUGUUUACACUCGAUAAAGCUGAAGGAUUCGGUGCUGAGCUUGGUGCAUGUGAAGGGCCGUGUUCUCGUGGCCCUGGCUGAUGGGACUCUGGCUAUAUUCCACCGUGGAGAAGAUGGCCAGUGGGACCUCAGCAACUAUCACCUCAUGGAUCUGGGCCACAUGCAUCAUUCUAUCCGCUGCAUGGCUGUGGUCUACGACAGAGUGUGGUGUGGGUACAAGAACAAAAUCCACGUCAUCCAGCCCAAGACGAUGCAGAUAGAGAAGUCCUUUGACGCCCACCCACGUCGGGAGAGCCAGAUUCGGCAGCUGGCUUGGAUUGGGGACGGUGUUUGGGUUUCCAUCCGCCUGGACUCCACGCUGAGGCUGUAUCAUGCUCACACCCAUCAGCACCUCCAAGAUGUGGAUAUUGAGCCCUAUGUCAGCAAAAUGUUAGGGACUGGGAAGCUGGGUUUCUCGUUUGUACGGAUCACAGCCUUGCUCAUCGCCGGCAAUCGCCUUUGGGUAGGGACGGGCAACGGGGUCGUCAUUUCCAUCCCUUUGACUGAGACUGUAGUCCUCCACCGAGGUCAGCUCCUUGGGCUCAGGGCCAAUAAGACAUCCCCAACUUCUGGAGAAGGGACUCGCCCGGGUGGAAUCAUUCACGUGUAUGGCAGCGAUGACAGCAAUGAUAAAUCUGCCAGCAGCUUCAUCCCCUACUGCUUCAUGGCUCAAGCUCAGCUCUGCUUUCAUGGUCACCGCGAUGCAGUCAAAUUCUUUGUCUCUGUGCCUGGUAACGUUCUUGCAACGCUGAAUGGGAGCGUGUUAGACAGCCCCUCGGAGAACCCCAGCACGGCCACUACGGAAACAGAGGGACAGAAGUUGAAAAACGUCCUGGUGCUGAGCGGUGGCGAAGGAUACAUCGACUUCCGGAUUGGGGACGGAGAAGACGACGAGACGGAGGAAAACCCAGCGGACCCCACCCAAGUCAAGCCUUUCCUUUCCAAGGCCGAACGGAGCCACAUCAUCGUGUGGCAAGUUUCCUACAUCCCUGAAUGAGCUCCUCCUCCUUUUCUGCCAAUAUAACUUUCUCCCCACUCCACCCCCCAACUCCCUGAAUGCCAAUAUGUACAUACAGAACUCCCGCAUUACGCCUACUGCUGGAAACCGCAUCCCCAGAUGAUCGCCAUCGCUCCCACCUCGGGCUGUGGCUCCCUCCUCUUCUAACCCCCAAACUUGCAGCUUUCAUCUUGGGCCUGGGAACUUUCAGAGUCGGGCUGGGCUGCCGUCAGCCUUCCAGGGUGGGAGGAGAACAUUGAGAGCCAAGCCAGGGGAUUCGGGGGCCGAGAGGCAUGGGGAAGACCACACUGGGACUGGAAGGGCUGGCUGGGGUUUUGAGGACAGCCCCCAACCUUCUCUCACCCACCUGCAUGGAGAACUGCGACACCCCUGCCAUCGCCUGUCUGCAUGGCAGUCUGAAAGGGAUGGUUUCUGUCGGUCACAAAGAAGAACUCCUUUCUGCUCCAGAAGAUCACCGCCAGUCCCUGGAGAUUGGGGAAGAAUUUGGGAACGGCUGGGAUCUGAUUAAGAGUCCAGAAGAUGUUCCACUGUGUUCAGAAGGACCUUUUGUAUGCUGAUAGGUCAACAGCAAGCUGCCAGUACUCAGAGGGCUGCUUGGGGGGACUUGAUGGUGGUGGGGGGUCCAUUGCUAAAGCCAGGUAGAUAUGGGCCUAGGCAGUCCCUGGAUGGGAGACCACCUCUGAAGCUUGUGUACCUUCUUCUGAUUCCCUUGGAAGAAUGGUGUGAUAUUUAGGGUCGGACAAGAUGACCUCCCCCAGGUCCCUUCCAGCUCUAAAAUUCUAUGAAAUAGAACCCAUAAUAAUCCAGGUGAGGGGGGCGGGGGGGCCCAGUUCACCUGAAGGGCAGGAACUCUCCUCCUGCUGUGGCUGUUGAAACAGUUUGUAGUGAGGAGCCGUCUGCUUUGCGGAUGAGGUUGAGCGUGGCCAGGAAGCACCCUUGAAACCUUUAAAGGCUGCCCGAGGGCAUCCCUGGUUUUAUUGGCGCUGGGCUGAGAGGUCGCCCUGCGCUACUCCAGGAGGGGCCGAACGGAGACUUGGGACCCCGCUACCGCUUGCGGGCGGCUCAAGGGUAUUGCGCAGGCCAUUCAGGAAAGAAACGGUUCCAAAGAGAGAGUGGGCCUCCCCCUCUCUCUCUCUGUGGCACGCGGAAUCUGGAAGAGAGCUUGGGAGAAUGAGUUUGGGCCGAGGUGGCUGAGCAAAGCACUCAGAGGGGCAAGGCAUAGCUGAGGAGAAGGAAGAGGAGGGAUGAAGGACGAGGGAGAGGAUAACACGUGUGUGUGUGUGUGUGUGUGUGUGUGUGUGUGUGUGAGAGAGAGAGACUUAAUAGAGGCAGCAAGAAGGUGAGGGGGCCAGUUUGGCCUCAUGAUCAGUUUUUGGGAAAGGCCAAAACAGCAGCAACUGUGGGAGGUUCGCUCUUUGAGAGGAAUUUGCGAACGCUGGGCAUCUAGGCUGUGAAGAGAUGUUUGCAAGCAGGUCAGAGUGUGACGAACUCUGUGGCCUCCCACCUUACGUGAUCUAUAACAGGGGUGGGCAACCAGAGGCUCUCUUGCUUCUGCUGCUGGUGCUGCUGGACUACAGCUCCCAUCAUCCCCACCUCAGUCACCAUGGCAGCUGGAGGUGAUGGGGUUUGUAGUCCAGCGGCAGCCCCAGCCCCUCUGGUUGGCCACUCAUGACCCGCAAGGAAAUUGUAGGAGCAACCUGGACAUUAAGUGCGCUUAUCCCCUGCUCCGCAGAACUUUCACACUUGGCUUUGAAUUCCACCCAGUGUCUCUCGCAGUUCCUGCAGAGGACCGUAGGCUCGCAUUUCUCACCAUGAGGUAGGCCACCUUAUGGGCGCAGAGGAGAGCCACAUCUCAGCCAGUCCCAACUGGCCCAACGCUGCGACCCCGUGUCGAUUAUCGUGGAUGGAAAUCGUCGGAGCGAGCAAUGGGAAGAUCAUUGUAAGCAUUGUUUAACGUCUCUUGAACCCACCCUAAGACCCCGUCUGGCCUCACUGAUGUCAUUUUCUUCCUCUCUGUAACAUGCUUGUGCCCAGUUCUAGUGUUGAAUGUUUCAAGCUGGACUGUUUCAUUUUCACCGCAUCAGGUUUCUAGCAAUAUUUGUGUCAUUUAGGGGGAUUUGUGAAGGCACUGCCCAGGAGCCUUGAGCUUACAACUAUAUCCUCAUCCAAGUCUUGGGUUUGUAAAGCUUUUUGGUGCAGAAAACCAAAAGUCUCCAGGGCAAAUGUGGAGGCAAGCCUAAGUGCCAGUUCACACAACCAAGUCUUGGGUUGGGGGUGGGGGGAGUGGAUUAAGUAGAUCCAGCCACACUUUGGCAAGUAUAGUAAUAGAUUGUGUGAGUGCUGAAGCACACCACCAACCCGGUCCACCCUGGCCAGACUGCAACAUAUUCCCCAUUCAUGGUGAAGUAGGAAGCAUGGGCUGGAUUUCAGCUUGGGGGUGCAUUCAUUGGGUAUGCCCUUGAGUGCGUACCAGAUCUUGCAAAGAUUCAUUCAACCCACGUUUACACCUCCCGCCAUUGGGUAGAGAGAUUUGACCUUCAGUCCCCCAUCAAGGCAUCAGUUUGGGUGGGGCUGUAUGUUGGUUGCUCGCACAUGUUGCCGAAAGAACAGAAUGUCCAUUAAGAGAAAACAGGAUAAGGAGGGAAAGAUGUAUAGGUUCCCCCAUGGAAAGCCAACACAGAGCAAAAUAGAGGAGGACCAGCAAGUGGGAAAUAAAGAGGUGCAUGAAGGUGCGAGUUGAGUGACUCAGUAAAGAUGGAGGUAGUCUUGCUGGCCCUCAGCUUGAUGGCUCUAGGCUACCUCCGGGAUCAGAGGCAGAAUGCCUCUAACCAGUUGCAGGGGAGCAGCAGCAGGAGAGAGGGCGUGCCUUCAUCUCCUGCUUGUGGGCUUCCUAGCGGCAUCUGGUGGGCCAUUGUGGGAUGCAGGAUGUUGGACUAGAUAGGCCUGGGGUCUGUUCCAGCAAGGAUUAUCUUAUGUUCUGGGAAAUGGCAUUGAUCUUUGGCCAAGAAAUUCUCAUUGGGCAGCAGAGGUGAACUCUAGACUGGAGGGCAUCUAGGACGGUGCUGGAGUCAUACUUAAUCAGUUUGCUUGGAACAUAAUGUGUGAAUAGGGCUUCUCUCUCUAGCACUACCGCCACAAUGCUCUUCCCUGGGCUAACAAAGUGCUGCACAGAAAAUGCAGCUGCAUCACCGAGCCUUGUAAGAGAUUUUUAUAUCAAAAAUUCCCUCCUCACUAAUUGGGAAAGGAACCUUCCGAAAGUCUAGGUUCUUUCAUCUCUGGCUGAUUUCCAACCUUCUGGGAUUCCAGAAGACACACAUACAAGUAAUAAAAAUCAAGAAUGUUUAUUCUCACCCAAUUGAAAUUUGAUAUAAAAAUCUCUUGCAGUCCUCAAAAGCAAAAUAUGUCGCUUGGCUUGUUCCAUAGUUCUUUUCCCACCUUGGGGAAUGAGCGAAUGAAGCAAGGUCCUUGCCACUCAUUCUGCUGGUUUCUGCAGAGGGCGGAUACAGGAAGGUGAGAUGCCACCAUUUAAGCUCUCUUCAGCACAGCAUAAGCUGGAGUGUUUGGUACCAUCUCCAGGGGAUGAAUUCUUGUUGUGAUUUUUGAUAUGGCCUACACCCCUAGAGAUGGAGAAGAGGUGAUAUCAUUUCAAGACUCUCAAAAAACUGUCGAGUCAGUUUCGGUUCCUUGUGACCACAGAGCCCUGUGGUUUUCUUUGGAAUACCUUUCAGCACCUUCCUAUAUUGCUGCUGCCUGAUAUAGGUGUUUCCCAUAGUCUGGGAAACAUACCAGUGGCGAUUCAUACAAGUUACACAUUGUUACUCUAAUCCUACUCGAGCCCUUUUCUUUGUGCAGAAAUGACUGCAAUUUUAUCCUGUUUGGGGGUAGGGAGAAAGGAGGGGUGAUAAGAGAGGUAUUUAAGAGAGCAUCUUCUUCACUAUGAGUCCCACCGCCCAUUGAGGUCAUCUGAGGAGGUCUGUCUCCAGUUACCUCCAACUCAUCUGAUGGCUACACAGAGACGGGCCUUCUCGGUUGCUGCCCCGAGAUUGUGGAAUGCGCUCCCUACUAAGAUACGAUCCUCCCCAUCUUGGUAAUUUUUAAAAAUCAUCUGAAAAUCCAUCUUUUUAAUCAAGCAUUCUCAACCUCUUAAAAAUUUAUUGGUUUUAAUUUUGUGAUUGAUUUUAAAUUGUUGACUUGUUUUAACUUUUUAUAUGUAUUUUAAUUGUUUUAUGUUAACCGCCCAGAGACGAAAGUUUGGGUGGUAUAUAAAUGUGAUAAAAUAACACCACCACAGAGAAGGCUGUUAAGUGCAACAAUGCUAUCACCUAUUUUCCAUUGUGGUGGGGUGGGAGUGUUACACGAUGCCAAAAAUCACUCCACAUUCAUCCCCUGAGAUGGCACUGGUGGCUAAAAUCCAUGGGCCUGGCUUGUAGAAUAAGAGAAGGAAGAGAGAGGGGUGUGGUAUAACUAAAGAAUAGACAGAUGAGAUUGUGGUGGGAGGAAGGGAAAGAUAGUGUGUAGUUUAGUCAACAGGCUGCAGAAGCCAACUGCGUAGAGCAGGACGGAGCAAACAUGGCCCUCCAGAAGUUGUUGAACUACAACUUCCAUUGUCCCCUGCCACAGUUGUGGCCGGGGAUGAUGGGAAUUGUAGUUCAACAACAUCUGGAGGGCCACGUUUGCCCAGCCUUGGCUUAGAUGAACACGCACAGUUUAGAAUGAGACCACGUGCCACAGUUUCAAACCAAUCUACCUGUUGCCAGAAGUGUAGACACAGGGUUGUUCUCGCGUAUAAAUCAAACCAAGGGAAGGGGGUAGACCCGGACAGACCUAUGCAGCCCUUCCCGUUCUCCAGCUUUUCUUAGAACCCUCCUUUGCCUCACCUGCCCACAUCGAUGCCAGAAGAACCUUUCACAGGUUGAAGUACAUUUUCCUUGAAGAGAAGCACAUGUUCAAAGGGGUGGAUGUGGGGUGGGGUGGGGCGGCAGGAGGAGGAAGAAGAGAGGGAGCCGAGGGAAAGAGCCGUGCGGUCCUGGCUUUUGCUACCUGCAGUGGCCACCUGGCAGCAAGGUGAAAGCUGAUGGGCUUACACACACCUCCCCGCCACAUCUCCACUGUGAUGUAUGUAAAGUUAAACUUGUAUGUUAUAAAAGAAUUUUUUAAAAAGUGUCUUAAAGGCCUGUAAACUCCGCUGUUUGGGUCUGAAGGUGUAAAGAGACUGCUGUAUGGAAAAAAAAACCUCUUCCUGUGCUUCGUCCCAUGUAUGCUACCAAACAAGAUGAAUCAUAUCUGUUCUGUACGUAAUAAAACGUGUUAACAUCAUGCACGAGA